AAGACCAAAUAUUGAAAUAGUACAUUAAAAAUAUGAAAAAUUUUACAAUGUGUAAACACACUUCCAUUAUUAUCUCAUUACCUAAUCCAUUAUUGCAACUAAACCUUCACCUAACUGUAUGUAGCCCUGCCCUGUCCUGGCAUGGUUUUGUGUUGGAGUUGGAAGGCGCAACAUUUCAUGUUUCCGUUACUAUAAAAUAAAUAAAAUGUAGUAUGGAGAUGAUAGAGCAGGUAAGACGAUUAAGAAUAUGCAGGAAUAAUAUUAUAUAUAAUGCGCGCAAAACCUAAUCUCCUCACCCGAAUCACUUCCUAUUCGCGAUUAAUCUAUCAUAGGAUAAUCGAAGCGCGAUUUAGUAUAAAUUCUGGAAUCGCGAAUGCCAGGAACAUGUGCAUUGCAGUUGCAGAUACAGAUAGAGAAAGAAAAAGUUUGAUUACAGAUCAGAGUUAAGAAAGGCAGCUAGGCAAUUAGUCGAAGAUGAUGAAGGCAGGUAGCGCACUGGAAGCCGGAGAAGCAUCGAAGGUAGCAGCAGCGGCAAGGGGAGGAGGAAUCAGAGGAAUCAAUGUGUUUGAUCUCAUUCUGCGCAUUGCUGCCAUUGUCGGAACCUUGGCCGCCGCCGCCGCCAUGGGAACAACCAGCCAAGAGCUCCCGUUUGUCACACAGUUCGUGCGCUUUGAAGCUCAGUACGACGAUAUUGAUACUUUCAGGAUGUUCGUGAUACUGAGCGCAGUUGUUUGUGUGUACCUUGUAUUCUCCCUCCCGCUAUCCAUCAUCCACAUUAUGAGGAGAAGAGCUGGAAAGAGCAGAAUCGUGCUCAUAUUUUUGGACACGGUGAUGCUGGGGGCUCUGACCGGCGCGGCAUCGGCGGCGGCGGCCAUGGUUUACUUGGCACAUUAUGGGAAUUCAUCCACAAACUGGUUCUCAAUAUGCCAACAGUAUCCAGAUUUCUGCCAGAGCUCUUCCGGCUCCUUAAUUGGAGCCUUCGGAGCCGUCGUCGCCCUCCUUCUUCUUGUGCUUUUAUCCGCCAUAGCUCUAGCCAGGAGCCAUUAAUUAAUUAUUACUACUCCCAUCCAAAAAUGGCAAUCAAUAUAUUGCAUUGUAUUGUGUGCUUAGCUUCCAUCUUAUGCUAUGCUACUUGUGUGU